AUGGUCAAGGUUUCGGUUGACCUGAUCGGACGAUGUACGACACAGAGAAAGAGGAAGGGCGAGGAUGAGAACGCGUUUCUCAAGCGACUGACCCACAUCAACCUGAGCGAUAAGAAGAUAGAGAAGAUUGAUGGAUUGGAACAUUGCACCAGCCUCCAGUGCCUCUACCUGUAUGAGAACAAGAUCAAGAGGAUAGAAAACCUGUCCUUCGCUCUCAACCUCACGCACCUUUACCUCCAAGACAACUUCAUUUCCAGGAUAGAAAAUGUUGGCAUGCUCAGGAAUCUUAGGAAGUUGUUCAUUGGGGGGAACGAGUUGACGGAGAUCAGCGGUUUGGCCUCCUGCAACUACUUGGAAGAGCUGCACUGCCAAGCGCAGAGACUUCCAACAGAUCAAUGCCUGACGUUUGAAACUGCAACACUCCACGCGGUCUCUGGAUCUCUGCAGGUGUUCAACAUCCAGAAGAACAACAUCAGUCAGGUCUCGCAGUUUCGCGUGCUCCGAUCCCUCCAGCGCUUGGACAUGUCGUGGAAUCACAUCUCAAGCUUCGAGGAAGUAGGCACCAUUCUUGGAAAUUCCGCUUGUUGCGAGCUCACAACCUUAGAAAUGAAAGGCAACCCCGUGACCAAACAGCACAAGUUUCGUGACUUUGUCACAUUGAUGUCAUCGACAGUCAGUAUGCUAGACGGGAAGGAGAUAACCAAGACAGAGAGACAGUUCUUGAUCAACAGAGAGGCAGCAAAGGCCCAGGCCCAGGCAAGAUAUCAUCAGAGAAGCAAUCUCAACAAUGUUUACAUGGACAACCAGCAAUCGGAAGGCAUGAGGGGACAGGACAUGAUGGAGCAUGCGCAUAAUGAAACCUUCGACGACCGUUACCACGAGCAUGACGAGAUGCUGGGAGAUCAGCUAGAGCCGCUGGUGGAGCAAGACUCGGCGCAAGAUUCUUACCUGCAGCAGGAGGAGGAAGGGCAGGACGACUUCGUGCAGGAAGACGACGGGCAGGACGACUUCGUUCAGGACGACGACGGACAGGAGGAGGACGGGCUGCACCCUCUUGAGGAAGCUUCGGGAGACUUUGUGCCAGACAACGCCGAUGGCGAAGACCGAGAGGAGGUGUAA